AUGGAAAAAAAAGAAAUUGGAAUAAAUUGUACAGAAGUGGAUUCAAUCAUACCAUUCAAUCCAAUCCCUAAAGAAAUUUCUUUACUUGAACCAUUUGAUUUGGAUAAUAGUCAAAUGGUAUCAACAGAGAUGGGUAUAGCACAACUCUUAAAAAUCAAGAACCCAAUCGAUCAAUUUGUUAUGAUUAAUGCAAAGUUUGAUGAUUGUCUAGUUACUGAUCCAGAUUAUGAAGGCUCUGAAUUCAACUACAAACCAAUAGCAGUGUACAACCGAUACAUUGGAUAUGAAAUUUUGGAUGAACCUGAAACCUAUCCUGUAACUUACUUCAAAGGUUGGGUUCCUGGUAACAGCUUUAUUGGUAGAUUAAUUGAUAUAUGCGAUUCAAAAAACCAAGUUACUAAACUGUAUGAAGGUGGGGACCCAUUUCCAUCAAAUGAACCCGCUCAAACUUCUAUUAAUCUUGGAGUUGGUCCUUCAAUGAUUUUCCAAACAAUCAUCAUUUAUGGAAAAAAAGUGACCCAUAUUGAAGGUGUUAUAUUCCCUUAUUUUUUGGAUCUACAAAUAUUUAGAGGGGAGGUAUUUUCUGUACCUGCUAGUCAUGUUCACCAUGAACCAGUUCCCCCAAAAGCUUUUAUUUGUAAAAUGGACAACAAAGAAAUAGGAGAAACAUUAAAUCUAGACUCAUUCAAGUCAAUACCCAAAGGUAUUAAAAUACUUGAUCCAUUUGAUUUAGAUAAUAGUGAAAUGGUAUUAACUGAAUUGGGUGUUGAUCAAUUAUUAAAGAUUAAGAACCCAAAUGAUCAAUUUGUAAUGAUUAAUGCCAAGUUGGGUGAUGUAAACUCAUCAGAUCCCUCUUUUCCAAACCAAAAUAUUAGUAUUAAACCAAUAGCAGUUUACAACCGAUAUAUUGAUUAUGUUACUUUGGAAUCUCCUGAUAAAGCAUACCCUAUUUCUUAUUUUAAAGGAUUUGUUCCAGGCAAUCAAUUUAUUACUAAAAUUAUUGAAUUUUGUGAUAAAUUUAACCAAGUUACUAAAAUGUAUAGCGGUGGAGAUUCAAUUCCAACACAGGAACCAGCUCAGAAAACCAUUAGACUACGUGCUGGAACAUCCAUUAUAUUCCAAACAAUCAUUGUUUAUGGAAUGAGGAUGAAAGAUAAAGGAGAGAAUCCUAACCCUCCUAGUUUUAUGCAUGUGCAAUUGUAUAGAGAUGAUAUUUUUUCCGUCCCUGCCAAUAAUGUUGUCUAUGAACCUGUCAAUCCUAUCGACUGCUCAGAGUAUUUGACAGGUAAAGGUGCUAGUCGUUGGAAAGAAAUCUAA